GAUCAGAUAUUUGUUGGUAUCAGCAGUGGAUAAACACAAAGUUUUUAUAAUUAAAUUCAAAUAAUUUUUAUAAAUCGGUAGAUAGAUCAAUUAAAAAAAAAAGCGAGUACCAUUCCAAGAAAAGAUUAAAAAAUUCAUAAAGUGGGUGCACUGUUCUUCCGUGUAUAAGAAAUCGGCACUUGGAGUGGGUUUAGCAAGCGCACAGAAAACAAUUGUUCAUCAAAAUCAGUGCGAUUUUGGGGGGUUUUCAUGUUAAUCGAACCAGCGUUUGCAGAUUUGCAUAUCCGGUGAUUAAUUUCGACAAAAAUCAGUGCGAUUUUGGGCGUUUGAUGGGAGUUUAAUUUGGUGUUUUUAUCAUGGUAAUGGGGAAAAUUUUCAAGGAUUCGCUUAAAGCUCUUGAAGCCGAUAUACAACAUGCCAAUACCCUGGCGUUAAGUUCCCCGCGGGACCAAGAUGGAGCAAGCCUUCAGAUGAGACUUUCUUUUAGCCCAGCUGUCGAUUUAUUCUCCUUUCUUUUUCCAUGGACUGAUUGCAAAAUGGCAGGCGCCCUUGGCUUGCUUCGGAUUUUCAUUUAUAUGACUUACGCGGAUGGCAAGACUACUAUGAGUGUUCAAGAAAGGAAAGCAAGCAUCAAACAAUUUUACGAUGUUAUAUUUCCUUCGAUAAUGCAACUCCAAAGUGGGAUAACGGACUUGGAAGAAAGGAAACAGAAAGAAAUAUGCUCGAGAAGAUAUUCAAGAAAGGACGGUUUCGACAAGGGAAAACUCUCGGAUGCCGAUGCCGAGAGAGAAUUCGAAUGUGGGAUUUGCAUGGAAACGAAUAGCAGAGUGGUGUUGCCAAACUGCAGCCAUUCUUUAUGCUUGAAGUGCUACCGAGAUUGGCAUGGGCGAUCGCGAUCAUGCCCUUUCUGUCGGGAUAGCCUGACAGAAGUGAAUGUAAGUGAUUUAUGGAUCUGCGUCGAAGCCGGUGAAAUCGUCGAUCUAAGCGUGAUCUCGAAAGAAAACAAGAAGAGGUUGUUCAUGUACAUAGAGAAGCUGCCUCUUGUGAUCCCAGGUUUUCUCUCUGAUUCCCAUCUGAAAUAAGACUAGUAGUUAAGGACAGGUCUUGUGUACAUAAUUUUUACAAAUUUGCAUUUUUUUGAGCUGUAAAUCCUUGUUUGAUUCCACUUCUCUUCUCUUAACAAAAUCGGAUUCCGAUCGUUAUUCUC